UUGUUUUCGGUGCCGUCCCGUCAGUUGUUAUUCUGUGGCGCUGCGUGCUGGUCGUGCAUUACGCGUUUUUCACCUCUCUCUCUCCCGCAUACAUUUUGUUUCUGAUCUGAUCUGAUCUGUUGUUACGUUACGUUUCGUUCGUUCGUCUUUUUGCUGUUACAUUUUGUGUCUUGCGCUGCGCGCGCGCAACAAUACGAAAAAUACAAGAACUCCAAAAAUUAAAAGCUACAAAUUCAACAGCAGUCAAAACAACUGCAACUGUUUAACAAUACCAAUUCAAACACAACAAAACGGAAAAAACAAGCGACAAAAUGCAGCAAAAGGCCGAUGAGAAAAUCGAUCCGUUGACACGCAUACAGGAGGAGAUCAAGGAGGUGGUGCGACGUGAGGAGGAAUAUCGUCAGCUGGUGACGCUCUCCGCCAACGGCACGCCCCCAAUUAAAGUGGAGGCGUUCGAGGCGAGCUUUGGAUUAAAUGGCAACGGGGAGGCAACACAGGCGGAAGUGGAGGGGGAACAGGAACAGGAUCAGGAUCAAGGAGUACUCGUUACCGCUCAACCGGCGGCAGCAACUCUGGCAACCCUGGUGCCCAUCGAGGAGCAAUCGCCCUCGAACACGCCCUCUUUGGCCUCCAGUGUGAACAGCAACAGCAGCCACAAGGAGGAAUCCUUGGAUGAGCAUCAUUCCGAUGACUCGGGCAUUUCUGCAUCCUCCCAAAAGACAAAGAACAACAACAACAACAACAAUGGAGGUGGCAAGCAACCCUUGAAACUGAAUAUUGUGUCCAGACAGGAGCAACGUUAUAUUGGACCAAACUGUUAUAAUAUGACGCCAGAGCCGCCGCAGCAGAAGCUGAUGACGCGCACGUUAUCGUUAUCGUUAUCGACACCACAGUUGCACGGACAGCAGCAGAAGCGUCAGUUUGCCUUCAACAAUGCCACAAAGGGUGUCAUGCAACGUUUCAUUGCCUCACACGGCAAGCUGCAGUUGGGCAAUGUUACGCCCACUUUAACGACCACUUUAUCACCCAACAGCAACAACAACAACAGCAAUGGCAACAACAACAACAACAGCAACAACAACAACAAUCAGAGUCAAACUCUCAAAUUGAAUUCACGCAAUGCUUUGGCCUUCCUCGAGGGUGGCAGUCCCACCUCCCCCUUGACCCUUAACCUGAUCAACAGCAACAACAACAACAACAACAAUCACAUUAACAACAACAACAACAGUGCUGGCAACACUUUGUCGCAGGGCGCCAUCGAGAGGGACUCGGAGGGAAGGCCACUGCGGAGAGGGUAUGUGCCCGUCGAGCAGAAGAUUCAGCGGGAGCUGCAGGAUCUCAAGUGCCGAGAGACGGAACUGAAGCGCCUAAGGAAGCUGAACCGACAACACAUGCAGGAUAAGCUCCAUCUGAGCACAGACGAUGAGGCCGAUGCCGAUGAUGAUGAUGAUGACUCGGAGGUGGAACAUUGCUAUGGUCCUGGCAAAUUGCGUAAUGCACAGUCCACAUUGGAGUUGGACAGAGAAAGCACCGAUCUGGAGAUGAUGGGCCACAAGUCGUCGGGUAAUCGCAGCUUGAAUGUUGCCGCUGUUUUGGCCAAUGGCUCCGGCCAUUCGUUGACCACAACUGGCUCCAGUUCCGGCAUGCGUCCGGCCAUGUCGCUGGCAGAGCUCUGUGAUCUGACGCCGGAGGAGGCGCCGUCGUCGCAUCGCCUGAUCGCACAGUGGGAGAGCCUGAUCAAGAAGAAUGCCGAGGGCAUUGAGGCGGCCAUCUAAGCACGUGGCCUAAACAAAAGCACACCAAAUUAUUAUUAUUGUAAUGUCCCAAGCACUAAACAAACAUUAAGAACCACACCUACCACUUCCCCCGUCCCCUGCCAACCAUAAUUAGAUGGUUUUUUGUUUUUUUUUUUUUCGUCGAAGAUCAUAUUUGAUAUGUAUCUAUGUAUGCUAUCAACGAAUUACUUUUAAAAGGUCCAUGUACUUAUAUUUCACGUAUAUCCUGUAAUUUAUUCAAUGUUUACGUUAAAUUCAGAGAUUUAAACUAUUGUACAUAAUUCUUCGUGUUGCAAGUGCAAGUUCCAACUACUUAUAUAAUUUAUUGAAAGAAAUUAAAAAAAAAAAAAAGAUGAUUAAAUCAAAAAUCAAUUCUACGCGCACAUAAAUAACACUAUGUGUAGCCGUAAAACGUAUCUAUCUGUAUGUAAAUGUAAUACAAUAAUAUAUAUGUAUCUACUACACGAUAUGCGAUAUAUCAAUACUAUGCGAAAAACGAUUUAAUAAAAUAUAUUAAUGUAUACCGUUAACAA